AUGGCGGCGCUUCACACCCCAUCCUGCAGCAUGGCGGCGCCUCACACCCCACCCUGCAGCAUGGCGGCGCCUCACACCCCACCCUGCAACAUGGCGGCGCCUCACACCCCACCCUGCAGCAUGGCGGCGCCUCACACCCCACCCUGCAGCAUGGCGGCGCUUCACACCCCAUCCUGCAGCAUGGCGGCGCCUCACACCCCACCCUGCAGCAUGGCGGCGCCUCACACCCCACCCUGCAGCAUGGCGGCGCCUCACACCCCACCCUGCAGCAUGGCGGCGCCUCACACCCCACCCUGCAGCAUGGCGGCGCCACACACCCCACCCUGCAGCAUGGUGGCGCCUCACACCCCACCCUGCAGCAUGGCGGCGCCUCACACCCCACCCUGCAGCAUGGCGGCGCCACACACCCCACCCUGCAGCAUGGCAGCGCUUCACACCCCACCCUGCAGCAUGGCGGCGCAUCACACCUUACCCUGCAGCAUGGCAGCGCUUCACACCCCACCCUGCAGCAUGGCGGCGCCUCACACCCCACCCUGCAGCAUGGCGGCGCCUCACACCCCACCCUGCAGCAUGGCGGCGCUUCACACCCCACCCUGCAGCAUGGCAGCGCUUCACACCCCACCCUGCAGCAUGGCGGCGCUUCACACCCCACCCUGCAGCAAGGCGGCGCCUCAAACCCCACCCUGCAGCAUGGCGGCGCCUCAAACCCCACCCUGCAGCAUGGAGGCGCCUCACACCCCACCCAGCAGCAUGGCGGCGCCUCACACCCCACCCUGCAGCAUGGCGGCGCUUCACACCCCACCCUGCAGCAUGGCGGCGCCUCACACCCCACCCUGCAGCAUGGCGGCGACUCACACCCCACCCUGCAGCAUGGCGGCACCUCACACCCCACCCAGCAGCAUGGCGGCGCCUCACACCCCACCCAGCAGCAUGGCGGCGCCUCACACCCCACCCUGCAGCAUGGCGGCGCUUCACACCCCACCCUGCAUCAUGGCGGCGCUUCACACCCCAUCCUGCAGCAUGGCGGCGCCUCACACCCCACCCUGCAGCAUGGCGGCGCCUCACACCCCACCCUGCAUCAUGGCAGCGCUUCACACCCCAUCCUGCAGCAUGGCGGCGCCUCACACCCCACCCUGCAGCAUGGCGGCGCCUCACACCCCACCCUGCAUCAUGGCAGCGCCUCACACCCCCACCUUGCAGCAUGGCGGCGCUUCACACUCCACCCUGCAGCAUGUCGGCGCUUCACACCGCAUCCUGCAGCAUGGCGGCGCUUCACACCCCAUCCUGCAGCAUGGCGGCGCUUCACACUCCACCCUGCAGCAUGGCGGCGCUUCACACCCCAUCCUGCAGCAUGGCGGCGCCUCACACCCCACCCUGCAUCAUGGCGGCGCUUCACACCCCAUCCUGCAGCAUAGCGGCGCUUCACACCCCAUCCUGCAGCAUGGCGGCGCUUCACACCGCAUCCUGCAGCAUGGGGGUGCCUCACACCCCACCCUGCAGCAUGGCGGCGCUUCACACCCCACCCUGCAGUAUGGCGGCGCUUCACACCCCACCCUGCAGCAUGGCGGCGCCUUAAACCCCAUCCUGCAGCAUGGCGGCGCCUUAAACCCCACCCUGCCGCAUAGCGGCGCCUCACACCCCCAUCUUGCAGCAUGGCGGCGCUUCACACCCCAUCCUGCAGCAUGUCGGCGCCUUAAACCCCACCCUGCAGCAUGGCGGCGCCUCAAACCCCACCCUGCUGCAUAG